AUGGGCGGCUAUCCUGCGCUGCUCGCGCUGCUCGCGCUCGCCCUUAUUCUCGCGAGUGACGUCAUCCGCGGGGCGUCCGGUCAAAUCAUGUAUCCAAUGCCCGCGCCGCUGGCGCCGGUGGCGACGCGGAUCACGGUCACGUCUCCGGCGAGCACCUUCGCCUCCAACUUCUCCGCGGCGCGCUGCACCAACCUGCCGCGCACCGCUUACAGCGUCUCCGUGCAGUGGACGUCCGCUGCCGCGCCCAGUCUCCCCGCGUGCACCAACAUCACCUUCUGGAGCGGCGCGGGUUGCAGUGGCACCUCCUCGCUCUCCCUUAAGCCCGCAAGCCUGACCACCAGCACCACCAAUUCCAGUCUCCCCUAUCCGUAUCCAGUUUCGGCUCGCUGCGGCAUCGCGGGAGACCCGGUGGACCCGAGUGUGGGGUGGCCCACGGAGGUGGAGGCGAGGGUGGCAGUGACGACGGCGGUGAAAGUGGGCCGCUACAACUUCUCCUUUGACCCCUCCUCGCGCUGCUCCCGCGUGCCCGACGGCACGGCGCCCGCCGGCGUGAGCACGGUUGCGAGCGUGCAGUGGGGGAGCGCCAGCAGCUUGCCGGGGGGCGGGGCGAGUGGGCCGUGCUCCCGGGUGUCGUUCUUCCCGGGUGCCACCUGCAACGGCGCUGUCAUGCAGCACAUCUACUCCUACUCCAGCAACACCGCGACCUUCACAUCAUCCCAAGCACUCGCGUCAGUUGUCUGCGGAAUUCCGUCCUCGACGGUGUGCAAGUACGCCACAUGCCCCGCCAACUCCGCGUGCUGGGAGACAAGCGACAUCGACAGCAGGGCUGCCACCUGCCGCUGCAAGGACGGCUAUGCUGUCAUCAACGGCACCUGCCAAGACAAGUGCAAUCUGUACUGUGUGGCCAACGCGAGUUGUGUGAGGGAUGCGAGCAUGGUCCCGGAUUGUGUGUGCAACAAGGGCUUUCAAUAUGCUCCUGACAGCAACACCUGCGUUGACAAAUGCUCUUUGGUGAAUUGUGGGCCCAACGGCAAGUGCAUCAAGGAUGCGAAUGGAACUCCCACCUGUGCUUGCAACGCUGGCUUCCAGAUGCCUCCCAACAAGAUCACUUGUGUUGACAAGUGCGAGUUUGUGACGUGCAAGGCCAACUCAACGUGCGUCAAGGAUGCAAACGGGAAUACAACUUGCAAGUGCAUCAAGGGCUUCAGGAGGCUUCCGGGCAACGACACUUGCGUUGACAAGUGUGAACCAGUGGAUUGUGGGACCGGCGGCAAGUGCAGGACGGAUGCAGACGGAAAUCCGGGAUGUACUUGCAUCACCGGCUUCACGCAGCAGUAUGAUGGCACUUGCAUCGACAACUGUGAUGUGUCUGGUUUCUACUGUGAGCCCGGCUCGUGCAAGAAGGAUACGAAGGGGAAUCCGUCUUGUGAAUGCGGCCCAGGCUACAGACUGUCUCCUGAGGGGCACUUUUGCAUUGACAUUUGUGACGCAGUGGAUUGUGGUGAAGGCACGUGCGUGAAGAGAUUUGAUGAGGAGGGCAACGGACAUGCAGAAUGCGAUUGCCCCGCGGGCUACACUGUGGAUGGGAGUGGGCGCUGCAGUGACAUAUGCAACUUCUUAUGUCCGGCCAGCAGGACGUGCAGGAGGAACGGCGACGACAUCUCGUAUUGUACCGAAUGGGACUAUUGUGAUAGGGAUUAUUGUGGGUAUGGCGGCACGUGCAGGAUCGAUAAAGUUAAGGAUACUGAGUACUGUCUCUGCGACCCCGGCUACAAGUUGUCUGCCGACCAGCUCUCUUGCAUUG